AUGAAUUCUAAAAACAAUAACAAAAAUCCGGAUGAUAGUCCAACACAAUCUUCAUCGGCACAAAGUCCUUAUAAUCUUCGUCGUAAUCAAUUACAACCAGGUGCUAUUACUAAAAGAAGUAAUUCAGCCAAAUCCAAAAAAGAUAUUUCUGUUGCAACUCCAACAAGAAGCCAUAGUACAAAUUCAACAAAUUCACAAAGUAUAUCAAAUCCAGUUGAAAUAACAUCAAGUGACGACGAACAAUCGUCUGAAAAUAAUGAUACAAGUGAAAUGGAACGAUCGGACGAAGAGCAAGAAAUUACAGUACUUCGACAUCAAGCUCACCGACAAGAAAACAAGCCACCAUCUGUAUGGUCAUUUUUCGAUUAUUUAGAUGACAAUAUCUAUAUGUGUCAAAUUUGUUUUAAAGUAAGCAAGUACUACGAAAAAUAUUCUGCAUAUCUAAAUUCAACUUAUCGUCUCAAUCGUAUGAUAAUAUUCAUGUUAGAUGACAUUAUGUUCUAA